GCAGGUUCCUGGUGACUGCGCGUCCGGUUGCGUCAUGGCCAGAGCCGGAUUCUGUGAUUCCAGGGCGCUGCUGGACCGCAAGACAGAAGAAACGCGAAUCCCUUUGCGCACGUGGGCGAACGCAUGCGCUGUGCGGGAGCGCGGGGUACUGAGUGAAGGAAAAGAGCAGAAACAGCAGCACAACGCGGACAGUACAGAGCACGGAUGGGUCCAGCGGUUGCCAUUAUUUGCAGACGAUGGAAUCAUUAUGGAGUUUGCUCAGCAGAGUGGAUCAGUUCCCGCAGUGGAACAUUAUGAGGAAGAGGCGGUGUUGAAUCACCUGCAUGGUCUCCAGCUUGCACCCACUCUAAGAGAUCUAGUUCCUGAACUCGUGUGCAGAGAGAUAGAAGUGGCAAUGAGUAAACUCGGGCUGCUUUACGACUGCACAUACACAUGGGAUAUUUUUUCUGAUAUGAUGAGGAGUCAGCAGAAUCUUGCUCUGUUGAGCAGCGAACUGCCAAAGCCAUUUACGGAAACAACGCGUGCUAUUUUGGUGGACUGGCUCAUUCAGGUUCAUGAAGCAUUUAACUUCUCGGAGGAGACGCUUUAUUUAGCAGUGCACCUGUUGAACCGUGUGCUCCAGCAGAUCAAAAUCUCCAUCUCCAGUUUACAGCUGCUCGGUGUUGUCUGUCUGUUUCUUGCUGCAAAAAAAGAGGAGUGCCUGCUCCCAGAGGUAUCUGAGCUGUGCUACUUGAUGGCAAACACCUACAGCAAGAAGCAGUUUUUGCGGAUGGAGCGCAGGGUUUUGUGCACACUGAAGUUUAAUCUGUCUCACACGCCACCCAUUCACUUCCUGCUACUGUCUGCAUACAUUGCACGCUGUGGCGAGAAGGUGAUCUGCAUGGCACGGUAUCUGUUGGAGCUCUCUCUCCUUGAGGCGAAGUGUGUAUGUUUUUUCCCAGUUCAGCUUGCUGCUGCUGCUCUGCGUCUGGCACGCCAUCUCAUUCAGGAACCACACACACCUGAGAGUGAGGCGGCCUGGUGUAUCGCAUCUACUAUAUACCUGGGCAGCGAAGCAACACUCUUCACAAUCAUGCACAUCAUGGCCACUGCUGCAGUGCGAGCUCGCAACCAAGAAACUCGAGCGACCUUUGUGAAAUUCUCGACAAAGGAGACGCUGUAUGUGAGCCUGCAUCCGGCACUGAAGAGUGCUCCCUGUCUACUGAGCCUACAGACCUGAAAAUUGGUAUUAAGAGUAGUCUGUAACAAUGCAUCUUGUUACUCUUUUAGGUUAUCUUGUCCAGUUUGUCAAAAAAAAAAAUUUAAAUUUGUUUGUAACCAUUUUAAAUAUUUGAAUUAAAAGUGUCUGUUUGGAAAAUGAAAAUUUCAGCCUCUUUAUGGAGGGCCAUUCCUGUGGUGCUUUGUUUGUGGGGGAGAAAAUAAAACUGCAAAAACCCCCACUUUUCAGUGUAAUUCUGUUGUAACUAGUCCCAAUACUUUUUUAAAAAGUUUGUUUUAUGGCCAGAGUAUGUGGAUGCCUGACCAUCAUAUCUAUAUGUGGGUCUCCCCCCAAACUGUUGCCAUAAAGUAUGAAGCACACAACUGUUAAGUCUUUGUCUGCUAUAGAACUAGCUUUUAGUACCUUUUUAGAAGAAGCCUUUCACACAUACGCUUAAGCCCACAGUGAAAUUUAACCCAUCUGAAGCAGUGAACACACAUGUGCAUGCAAAGUGAGCAAUGAGCAUGCCCAGAGCAGUGGGCAGCUAUACUACAGCAGCCAGGGAGCAGUUGUGGAUUAGGUGCCCUUGCUCAAGGGCACUUCAGCCCAACCUCAGGCUGUGGCUGUCCCAUAUAUGAGGUGUGUGUGUGUGUGUGGUUUUUUUAUAUAAAAUUUUAUAUAAAAUCCUUUGUCACGUGUACACUCGGAGUGAAAUUUAUCCUUUGCAUUUAACCCCUCUGAAGAAGUGAAUGUACAAGUGACCAAUGAACACACUCAUACCCAGAGCAGUGGGCAGCUAUACUACAGCACCCAGGGAGUAGUUGGGGAUUAGGUGCCUUGCUCAAGGGCACUUCAGCCCAAGGCUGCCCCAUGUUAACCUAACUGCAUACCUUUGAAUUGGGGGGGGGGGAUAUACUUUUUAAAAAGCAAAUUUAAAUAGUGCUGGAUAAAAAUCUUUGUCCAAUAAAGAUACAAAUUUUGUUGUCCCAUGGUCAAGUAUUUGAGAUGUGUUGCACUGCACUUAAGAUCGGGUACCCAGACCUGCCUACCCCUAAAUGCACCAUUGUGGGUCUAACUCAAUCACUUUGUGUAAUUUCCAACUGUUUGUGUGUAAUCAGAACUCAUUAUUAUGACCAAGUGUUA